ACCAACCGCGGCGACUCUCGAGAACUGACAAUGCCGUUCGCGGAGGAGAGUGCGGCGGACUCGCCGCGCAGGUGGAGGCGGAGGGGGGGAAGGAUGGCGGUGCCAGCCACGGCCGAGACCGAGCACGAGCGAGACGAGGCGCGACUGUCCGGCCGCUCCCGUCUGGAUGCGCCCGGGGGUCUGUGUCGACUCCAGACUCGUGGUCGACUCGCCAACCGAGGUGCUAAGUCGCGGUGGACGGAUUCUCUAUCUCUGUUUAUUAACCCGUCGAUCAUCGAAAUUUAUAGUACGCAGAUAAGCACCGCUUCUCGAGUGACCGCCGAAGAGAUCACCGAAGUUAAGCAACGUUGGGCGGGGGGGAGCUUAGUUCGAGCGACGUCUAAAAUGCACAGAGGGCUCAGCAAAGGGAUAUUAAGUACUAUUACAUGUAACUACAGAGUAUAAGACCUGUAAAAGACAAAUAAAGGGUAUUACCUAAGCAGGAA